CGUACGCGAGCUUCAACAAACUUAACCUAAAUUUAACGGACAAUAAGAAUGACAGAUGAAGUUGACAAGGAACUUCAUUUCCGCUUGCAACGUUGACAAGCUGCUUCAGUAAAUUUUUGCAGAUCAAUCAUGAUCAUUGAUAGAUUGAUAUCUCUCAUCUCCAUUUUUAACUGACAAUAGGACAAUACUGUCAUUUUGUUAUUUAGGUCAUGGACAAAUAAAUAUUUUGAUUUGUUUGUAAUGUUAAUUUUACCAAAAUGCUAAUUAAUCCUACAAUGUUGGAACAAUUAUUCUGCCGAAAAUACUCCACGGACAUACUAAAAUUUGUUCCGAAACAUAAACCAGCGCUUGACAGAGAUGUGGAUGUCUUAAAAGAAUUCAUUCAAAAAUCUAAUAAGAUAGCCGUUCUAACUGGAGCUGGAAUCUCAACGGAAUCUGGUAUUCCAGAUUAUCGUUCAGAAGAGGUAGGUCUGUACGCUCGCACAAAUCACAAACCAGUUCAGUACAUGGAGUUCCUAAAAUCCGCCCAGGUUCGUCGUAGAUACUGGGCAAGAAACUAUGUUGGAUGGUACACAUUUUCUCAAAGGCAACCCAAUCAAGUCCAUUACUCUAUUAGGAAUUUAGAACAUGUUCACAAUAAGGUGUCUAGUGUUAUAACACAAAAUGUAGAUGGGCUGCAUUUCAAGGCAGGUAGUAGUAAUGUUAUAGAACUACAUGGCACAGCUUUUAGGGUGAUAUGUUUGCAGUGUAGGGCUGAAUAUGAUAGAUUCUAUAUUCAAGAUAAUUUGAGAGACAUGAAUCCUCAUAUGGUAGAGGUCAUUAACAUGAUUAGACCAGAUGGAGAUGUAGAAAUUCCACAGGAGACUGUAGAGGGAUUCCAACCACCCACUUGUGAAUCUUGUGGUGGUGUUCUAAAACCAGACAUCAUCUUCUUUGGGGACAAUGUUCCUACAGCUAGAGUGGAAGCAGUAAAAGAUACUGUGAGCCAUAGUGAUUCAUUAUUGGUAUUAGGAUCUAGCCUGACAGUGUUUUCUAGUUAUAGGAUAGUAUUGCAAGCUUUAGAAGAAGAUAAAAAUAUAGCUAUUGUAAAUAUUGGGGCAACAAGGGCUGACAACGCUGUGAAGAUAAAAAUAUCAGCUAGGUGUGGUGAUAUUUUACCUAAAAUAUGUUGAUUUUCAACUCUCCAUGUAGUAGUCGACCAGUGUAAUUAUUGUUUUUAUUUGGCAAAAAUAUACAUAAGUUCCUGAUCCAAUACCACUAUUCAUGUUGAAAAUUAGAAGAUUUUUUGCAAAUAUAGAACUAUCUUCUAGAAGUAAUUACCGUUAUUUGGUUUCUUUAGUUUUCAACAUUACAAGAUACGUUCAAAAAAUUAUUACAGCCAUUAAAAAAAAUACCCUGUUCCAUUUAAUCUCCUACAUUUUACUUAGAUGACCACAGAAUAAAAUACAAUUUAUAGUGAUAUUAUUUAUUGUUAUGAAAAAGUAUAAAAUUAUAUUAAAACAGAAACAGAAUUUCAUCAAGUAUAAGUUUAUUUUCCAGUAUUUGGCUUCCUGCAACCAAAAAAGAUUGUUUCUGAUAAAAUAUUUUGUUGUAAAUCCAUCUGCUUCAACUGUUGUUAUCAGCGUUACUGGCAAAUUGAUUAUCAAUACCUAACUACAAAACUUUAAGUAUAUCAGUCAAUGCAGUGGUUGAUGUUUUAUAUUUAAUAUAAUAUUCUAUAGUAAUUCUAUACUAAAAUAUAGUGUUAAAUGAAUAGAAAUAUAUCACAAUAGAUUAUUUAGUGAUCAAUGAAAAAUUUAUUAUGACAACUUUAAGAAUCAUCUCGACCCAAAAUUCAUAGUCAGUGUAGAUUUUAGGGCUGUGAUAGAUAGCUGUCAAUUCUUCAAUAAUGAUG